CGGACCCGGCUGUGGAACGCGCUCGGCACCUCGCGGUUUCCCUCAUCCAUCGAAAAUGAAAUGACAUCAGUAUCUGCACAGAGCACAGUGUCAAGAGGAGCUAAAAGCCUUAAAAUAACUGUUUCCUUUCAUUGUAUUGCCCUUUCCCGUCUGUGGGAGAAGAGCCAUGAAGAACCGUUCCUCAUCUCCCCCUUUGCACGUCCAUGUGGAUGAAAACACCCCUGUCCAUGUCCAUAUUAAAAAGGGUCAGAAAACCACACCUGCAAAAUGCCAGCAAAAGCACAGACAUAAAAUGAAAGGGAAUGCUGUGAACGUGCGCCGAGCAGUCCAGGUGAAAACAAAGGCCCCCUGGAUGCCCCCAGGAAAAACAUCAGUCCUUGAUUCCACCUACAAAUGGGAGGGUCCAACUCACCGCCUGGAAAUUACACCUCCAGAUUCCGAAAAAAUGAUGUCAGUGUUGCGCCUGAGCGAUCUCUCUACGGAUGAGGAAGAUGCAGUUUACUGCAAAAUGAAUGAAUAUGAAAGGAAGAUAGAUAGCCUGAUGAAUGUGGUGGGAACGCUGAAGAAUGAGGCUAAGUUGCAGAAACAGGAGCAAAAGCAGCAAAUGACAAAACGUCUGCUGGAGGAGCAGAAAGAAGAACUGAAUGAGGUCACACAAGAGCUGGUAGAAACAGAACAUGAGAACACGCUGCUCAGGCGCAAUAUUGAACGCAUGAGGGAAGAGAAAGAUCUGACUGUGCUACAGAAGAAGUACUUGCAGCGUGAGAAAGAAUGCCUGAUGUCCAAGCUGAGUGAAGCAGAGAGGGAUGGAGCAGCAGCAGCCAGAGAGAUUCAUGCCCUGAAAAAUACAAUUGAGAGACUCAAUCUUGAGAAACACAUGAGCAGCUCAGACAUUAAUAUGCUGACGAGACAGAAAGAGCUGCUGCUGCAGAAACUGAGCACCUUUGAAGAAACCAAUCGUACACUCCGGGAACUUCUCAGAGAACAGCACGAAAGGGAGAGGGAUGCUCAGAAGAUACUGCAGAAGCAAGGUGUGCUGUUGAAAAUGUUGGCUGACUCAGAUACAGAGAAGUUGCAACUUCAGAUGAGGCUUCAGGAGAAAGAAAAAGAGAUCAACGAUCUUGCUAUUCAGAUACAGGAAGAAAAGGAACAGGCAAAGACAGCAGGUGAGCUCUCAAAAUCUUUGGAAUCUGUGAGAGGCCAUUUACAAGCACAGCUACGACACAAGGAAGCUGAGAACAACCGGCUGACCACGCAGAUCCGGAAUCUGGAGCGCAGUGAAGCUCAGCAUAAGGCAGAGGUGGAAUGUAUCAAGGAGCAACUGAAGGAACUAAGACAGAAGGCAGACCGUGAUAAAGAAGCCCUGAAGAAAGCCCUCCGUGCACAGAAGGAGCGGGCAGAGCGGAGUGAGGAGUGUGCAGGGCAGCUGGCUGUACAGCUGGCAGAAAAGGACAACUACGUUGCAGAGGCACUUUCUACUCUGGAGUCUUGGAGGAGUCGCUACAACAAAGUAGUGAAGGAUAAGAGCGACCUUGAAUUGGAGAUCGUUACAGUGAACAGCCGUAUUGCAGAUUUGCUAGAACAGCAGGCAGGCCUGGAGGACAGGAUGCGAGAGGACAGAGAUGCCUUGAUGGAUAAAUUGCACCAACAAACUACAGAGACCACUUCUUUCAGAAUGGAAAAUGAAAGACUAAAGGCUAGUGUGGUCCCAAUGGAGGAAAAGCUGAAUCAAGCACACAUGGAAGUACAGCAGCUCAAGAGCUCUGUCAGGAAUUAUGAAGAGUUGAUUGAAACCUACAAGUCACAGGUGUUGAAGACCCGCAUGGAAGCAGAUGAUGUGGCAGCAAAACUGGAGAAGUGUGAUAAAGAGAAGAAGGCACUUAAGGAUGAAAUGAACAAGGAGAUCGAACUGGCUCGCAAGCAGUUCCAGAGCCAGCUUGCUGAGUUGGAAAAGCUGCCUGAGAUCCUCAGGAUCACAGAGACACAGUUGGCAGAAUGUCAGGACCAGCUUCAGAGUUAUGAGAAGAAGAACAUGGACCUGUCUGUCAUGAUUGCAGAUCUUCGUCAGCGGAUUGAGCUCCAGGGGGACAAAAUGGAGAUGACAAAAGAGAGGUAUCAAUCUGCCCAGGAGGAGAAAAAGCAGCUCACCUUGAAGGUGGAGGAGCUAGAAAGAAAACUAGAAACAACGAGUGCCCAGAAUGUGGAGUUCCUUCAGGUCAUUGCAAAGCGUGAGGAGUCAAUCCAUCAGUGCCAGCUGAGGUUAGAAGAGAAGACCCGUGAGUGCAGCUCCCUGGCUCGUCAGCUGGAAAUGGCCAUUGAGGAUGCCAAACGACAAGUUGAACAAACUCGAGAACGAGCAACAUCCAGAGAGAGGGCAGCCCAGUCCAAGGUGCUGGAUUUGGAGACCCAGCUGAGUAGGAUUAAGACAGAGCUGAACCAGCUGCGUCGGAACAAAGAUGAUGCAGAACGACGCUAUGAAAGCCGCCUGCAGGACUUAAAGGAUCGGUUGGAGCAGUCAGAGAGCACAAAUCGCAGCAUGCAGAACUACGUCCAGUUCCUCAAAUCUUCCUAUGCCAAUGUGUUUGGCGACAGUGCCUUGCUGGGCUCUCCCAGCCGCUCUCGUUCUUCUUCUUGAGGGCUGUGCUCUCUGCACCUCUGCUUUUAAGCACAAAAUGAGCCCUAUAUCAAAGCCAUACGUUGUUUAGAAAAUGGGUUGAAAAUGGAGAAAUUUCAGGGUCACUUAAGGGAGAAGUGUUUUCUUUGCAACAGGAGAUGAUGGAAUGAUGGUGGCAUAGAAUCUUAGCGUGCAGAGCAUUAGCAGUGCUGGUUUGGUGAUGGAAGUUGGUGUUACUCUGUAAGCUGUGCCCCAAAACAGGAUGGUUUUGCAUAUGGUGAAAAAGGCCCUUUUCAUCCUAUUAGCUCUGGAUGCUUUCAGCUCUUUAAACCCAGCAGUGGUUUUACUUGUGUUAAUGUUUCACACUUCCAUUUUCCCCCCCCCCCCCUCUCUGUUUUCUGUACUGGGGGAGAUCAUGUGCUAUUUCUACUUCUUGUUGUUGUUACAUGCUCUGGUGGUACAGUGGAUGAUGGGAUGGUGGGAGAGAAUUCCACCCACCUCUCAGUGAAGCGUGAAGCUGAAAAUAAGGGACAUGCUUGGGGCUUAGUGCUUACAAGAGAUUAUCUCCUGAACCACUGUGGUGUUUGUAAACAGUUUUAUACCAGAAAUAAUGAUUUAUUUUUGUUUUGUUUUGUUUUUUUUUAACUUGACUCUCGUGUGCUCUGUGAUCCUCACGUUUUUUAGCAUGAUGCUAAUUUUGCUUUACCCCUCACCCCAAUCCUGGUCUCCUGAGCCUGAAUAGCCCCAGAACUGUGCCCAAACCAUCUGUAUUCAAAAGGAAGGCUGCAGCUCAACCUCAGCAGCACCUCAGCCGAGUCUCACUGUGAAUGCUGGAUGAAUUCAGCGUGUGCAUGAAAUACUGAUCACCUCAAAGCCCAUUGGAGAGUGGAGUGGUGGCUACUGCUGCUUCAUGCCUUCAUCAAACCCAACUGUGUGUCUCUGGAAACUCAGCUCUGUGGGGCUGUUCCUGCAGCUCUGUGCUGCCCUUCUGCUCCUCCCUGUGAGCGGUUCCUUAUGGGGACAAACGUAGACAUUGCUUUUAUUUUUUAACGCUUUUGUAUCUUAUUGCUGUGUCAUGGGGCACUAUUUGUUGUAAAGGUUUUCUAAGAUAAUCAUUAUUGGAGAAUUCUGUCAUUUUGUGUGUAACUUUUUUAAAAAAAAUCCUAAAGGUGCUAUGGUAAUAAAAAGAAAUAAACUAAAUUUUAAUUGAUUCUA